AUGUCAUCGACAGAAAAUCUAUUUGAAGACGCUGGGAAGUUCACGAGCAGUUUAGAGUCAGGCUAUAAAUCCGAAGGAACAGAUAACGGUCUGCCUCUUCCGAAACACAAAAGCAAAAAAAGCAGCAAGAAAAAAGAGUCUCGCAAAAAUGUGGGCUUGGAAAACAAAGGUUUCGAAGCCGAUACUGAACAAACAGACACAAGUACCAAACAUAAGAUUCAAGUUCAUCGGGCAUCAAGCGAAAACAAAGCACGAAAGUUGACGACGCAAGAUAAACGGCGACAUAGCGAUGCGGGAAGAAUAUCAGUGCCGGAUGAUACCACAAAACCCUCUCAUGAAAGCGCUGCCGCACAGAAAGAAAGAGGCUCCACUCGGCGGCGUUCAAGCGCUGAUGAAGAUUUAAGACGAAGAGCUUGUUUCAACUCGAUGCGGCUUCGCCGAGUUUCAAGUUCCAGCCAGCUGCCUUCUUAUGAAGUCGAUACUAGUGUGGAAGACGAGAUGUUUUACCGAAACCUACCAAUGACUAGUGUUGAAAAUGGACAUCAGGAAAUGACUAAUCAAGAAAGACCUAAAGACGAAGUGUUCCACCAAAAUCCACCGAUGGAUAGAAUUGAAAACAAGUAUCAAGAAGUACCUUAUCGAGAAAGGCCUAGAUUAAAUAAGGCUGACAGGGUAUUUUCCAUGGACAGUCUAUGUAACUCUGUCGAGCAAGAAAAUAGAAAGCUGGACGAAUAUUCCAAGCGCUUAUCGUGCGCUCUGGAAGAGAGAGCUAAACUGGAAAAAGAGCUGAGCAUUUUACGCAGCAAUGCUUCGGUUGCACGCACCAUGUCAACAGAGGAAAGUGAAAGGUGGAAAAUAUCGCCCGGCAUUCACUAUCGAAAUGAAAAGUACAACUCGGAGAGAAGGAUAAGUUCCAGGGGUGAUUUAGACAUGCAAUUAUCAAUUGAACAGCUUAGAGGUAUACCACUUGAACAAAGUCGAAAACUACCUAAUGUUCCUCCCAGAGUAGCUUCACAAAGAGACGAAGAAAUCCACGAGCGAAUAGAGUCAGUAAUUGAGACGAAAGUCGAAAGACUACCUCACCGAAAAGUGUCCGAAAAACUUCCUCAGCAGGCAGAAGGGAAAACAAAAAGCCAGAAUUUUCGCCUCAGCGAUCCCGAAAAGACGAGAAGAGAACGUAAAUUGGCCGAUUUAGCCGCAGAUCUGUGGAAAAAGCUGUCGCAAGGGGAAAAAUUUUCUGAAAAUGAAGUUGAGCGUAAAGUAGCAACACCUGAUGUACCAACGAGAAACAAAAAUGGUAAAGACUCCAAGACUCGUGGUGAUUCGUUUUACAACAUGGGGUCAGCAAGUGAAACAGAUUCCGAGGAAUACUACAUUCCUGAAUUAGCUAAAGAAGUCAUUCCUUCAGGCAUAAACUCGUUACAGGAAAAGAAUGUUAAAGGAAACUCUUUAAUGCGUUCAGAAUCAGCUUCAAGUCUGACGCGCACUGACGCGUUUAGAAGAAACCAGAGGCGCCCCAUGCGGCAGAAACGCGUUUCAACUGCAUCCGAGCCGCGGAGCGGGGAAGCAAAACCUCUCAAGUCAAUGGAAUUCAAAGAUCCGCCAACGAAUAAACACCGUCAAGAAAAACCGGAAAAAAUGGAAGGAAUUCGUAGCACUGAAGCUGUGAGUCAGAAUCACAGUGCAAGGUUCGACUACAUGCUGCCGCCUGGAAAACGAGGACAAGGGCGAAAUCCAUUUUCACAAAAUUUGCAGUCCAGUCCAAACAAACCUCCUUCAGGAGAACAGCCUUUAUCGGUAAAAUUGCGUUAUUAUCAGGAAUUAGAACAAAAGAGAUCUCAAGAAGAGAAUGCGUUUGAUUUAUCAGACGCAUUUAUGGCUGCAGAAGACAUAGAGGCAGAAAUGAAAUAUCGAGAAAAAGCUGCUGGUGAAGCCGCCAUUUUAAGGCGGGAAGCGUCGCGGUUGCUUUGGCAAGCGAUGAAUUUGGAACGCAUUUGCGAUCCGAAUGCCCGAGUACGCCACAUUUUUACGCCUUAUUGA